AUGGCAACAAUAGCAAGCUUAACAACUAAAGAAUCUCACACUAAAGUGAUUGAAAAAUACCUUCAAGAAGCGGACGAGCCAACAUUGAACGAAUUCCUCAACAAAAAUAUCUCAUUACUUGCUGAGGGAGGAAGUGAUUUCAAGCAAUACUGGAUUGAUUUAUAUAAGACCGUAACAGCACAGUCUAGCGUGCGUUUUGUAGCUGGUCGCGUUGACUGGUACGAGGUUUUAGUCGAUGUUGGUAAAUCCUCGGUCGUAGGAUGCUCUUCUGCUGCUGUCCUACCUGCCCUACCUGCUGCUGAAUCUACUACCACCUAUCCAAAGACUCCAAAUUCCUCUUCUUCAACAAAGCCAUUCAUUCAAAAGAUGGAGACUGCCCAUGCGGCCAUUAAGAACAACAAAUGGAUUCUGCCAUCGGGAACCAUUGUCGAAGACGAAAUGUUAGCAUACUGCUGUACCCUUGAUUAUGAGCAUGCCGGACACAGUUUUGUCCUUGAUCACCAUGAUAAACCUAAAUUAUUUAAUGCUGGAGAAAUAUAA